AUGAGUGAGAAUAAAAAUAGAUUGCAGAUACCAUUAACAAGUAAAAGAAAUGGAAAUAAUAUUGGACCAGAUAAGAAAAAGAAUCGGCUUAUUUCAAGUAAUACUAAUGAUGAUAUUACUUUAGGAUCUCGUGUUACAUUUUCUGAAGAAUCUGUGGUUUUUCAGACAGAAGAUAGAAUUGAGGUUGAUGAAAGUCACACAAUUCAUGUAACAAAUGUUAAUAGAGAAGGCUGGGAUAAUAAAACGCAAUUUAUGAUGGGUGUCAUUUCGUAUGCUGUUGGACUAGGAAAUGUAUGGCGAUUUCCUUAUUUAUGUCAAAAAAAUGGUGGAGGUGCAUUUUUAAUACCAUACAUUAUAAUGAUGUUUUUGGAAGGAAUGCCACUUUUUUUGAUUGAACUUGGAAUUGGGCAAAGAUUACGUACUGGUCCUGUUGGUGUUUGGAAUACAAUUCAUCCUUAUCUUGGUGGUGUUGGUGUAUCAGCCGCUAUUGUUUCUUUUUUAGUUGCUGUUUACUACAAUGUCAUUAUCACAUGGUGUAUUUACUAUUUGUAUAAUACAUUUUCAUUAGAAUUACCAUGGAGUAAAUGUCCUGUUAAUGAAAAUGGUACAAUUGUUGAAGAGUGUAGAAUAUCAUCCUCUCCAACAUCUUAUUUUUGGAAUAGAGAAGCAAUUAAUACAAGUGGAUCUAUUGGUGAUUUUGAUGGAUUUGUUAAUCAUAUAACAUUUAGUUUAAUAAUUGCGUGGAUUUUAAUAUAUCUUUGUGUAAAUAAAGGUAUAAAAUCAUCAGGUAAAGUUAUGUAUUUAACAGCAACAUUUCCAUACAUUGUCACAACAAUAUUUUUAAUACGUUCAAUAAUGCUUGAUGGUGCUAUGGACGGAAUAAUAUUUGUAUUAACACCAGAUUUAACACGUUUAUAUGAUCCUGAAGUUUGGUUAGAAGCAGCAACUCAAAUUUUUUAUUCAAUGGGACUUGGAUUUGGUGGACUUAUAGCUUUUGGAUCAUAUAAUCCAUUAAAAAAUAAUUCUGUUGUUAUAUUUUGUGUUAUUGGAUAUAUGGGUCACAAAAAUUAUAUGAAUUGUAUUGAUAAUGAUAUGAAAAUGUUAAUGAGCCAAUAUCCUAAAGCUUUUACUACACUUGAUGAAAUGAAAAAACAAAUUACAAUAGAAGAAUAUGAAAAUUGGAUGGCUGGAAAUUUUCAUUAUUCACAAUUUCCACUUAUGGGAAAUUUAACAAAACAUUGUAAUUAUAAAAAAAUUAUUAAUCAAGCAGCAGAAGGAACUGGUUUAGCAUUUGUUGUAUUUACUGAAGCAAUUAUUCAAUUUCCAUUUCCACCAAUGUGGGCAUUUAUGUUUUUUAUGAUGCUCCUUAUGCUUGGUCUUGGAUCUAUGUUUGGAACAUUAGAAGGUGUUAUUACAUCUUUAAAUGAUAGUCAUAUAAUAACUGUACCAAAACCAAUAAUUUCAGCUGUACUUUGUAGUAUUGCAUGUAGUGUUGGUUUAGUAUUUACUACACAUGCUGGACAAUACUGGGUUUCCUUAUUUGAUCAUUUUGCAGGAUCUUAUGCAUUAAUGGGUGUUGCUUUUUUUGAAGCAUUUGCUGUUAUCUAUGUAUACGGAUAUAAAAAAUUUUGUAGAGACUUAGAAUAUAUGACAGGAGAUAAAAUUGAAAGAUAUUGGUUAUGGACAUGGAGGUUUAUUUCACCAUCUAUAAUGUUUAUAUUAUUUUUUACAUCAAUUAUAAAAUCAUUUAGCAAAGUACCAGAAUACUUCACUUAUGAUAAGGAGACAUCUCAUCAAGUUAAAACACCAUAUCCUGUAUGGGCACUUUUUAUUGCUUUUGGUAUGGUAUUAACAGCAAUUGCUCCAGUUCCAAUAAUAUGGUUUGUUAGAAAAUUUAAAGUAUGGAAUAUUGAAACUGACAUUCCUGCUGCUUCUAGAUGUUUAAAUAGUACAGCAAGUACAACACAAAUGUUAAAGUCACAACAAUCUUUUAAUAGAAUGGCUGAAUCUACUGCAUCUGAGUUGCAAACUAUUGGAACAACAUGA